UCUUCCUAAUCCGGGUCUAUUCAUAUUUGAUGCAUCUCCACCGUAGAAAAACAAAAGUAAUUUGCAAAGAAAAAUAAAAGUGUUUUGAUGCAAGAAUUAAACUAAAACAAUUUUUUUAUAGAAAUAAUCUUUCUUAUUCGUUUUAAAAACUAAAUCAAUUGAAUUCAAUAAUAAAAGAAGCCAACAAGUGUUCUCUCGAGUCAUUUUUAUAAAAAUUAUUGAAAUCCAAAUCCAGAAUCUAUAAAUUCUAAUAAGAAAAUGUAAAUCAAUUUAUUGUCAUUACAACAUUUUGCGUCGUUGGUUCGAAUUAUAGAAGAAAAAACACAAAAACAAUUAUUCAAAGCGACAAAUCAACGAAAAAAUAAAGAGAAUUAAAGAAAGAAAAACAAAAGUUUACUCAAUCAAAAAUAAAUCGGACAAGAAAAACACAAAUUCCUACAAAAAUUCCAAAGUGCAUCUUCUUCUAUAAAUAAAAAGACGAAUUCCUUUUCUUUUUUAAAAACAAAUUUCAUCAAACACCGAAGAAGCUACUAAUCUCUGCAAAUUGGAGACCAUGGUUGAGCCUAUUUUCGAUUAUCAAUUUCGUUUGAUCCUGAUUGGUGAUAGCACAGUCGGGAAGAGUUCGUUGCUUAAAUUUUUCACAGAUGGAAAAUUUGCUGAGCUCUCCGAUCCAACAGUUGGUGUUGACUUUUUUGCCAGAUUGAUUGAAAUGAAGGACGGCACACAAAUUAAACUCCAACUUUGGGACACCGCCGGCCAAGAGCGCUUCCGGUCAAUUACAAAAUCCUACUAUCGCAAUUCAGUUGGCGUACUCCUUGUGUACGACAUAACAAAUCAUGCCAGCUUCGAACACAUCCCGCUAUGGAUGAUGGAAGCACAACGACAUAUUGAGCCACAUCGGCCAGUUUUUGCAUUGGUCGGUUGUAAACUCGAUUUAGUUAAUGCAGGAAGCCAUCGCGAAGUCAGUACAGAAGAGGCUCAAGCAUUUGCUAAACAACACGGACUGCAUUUUGUCGAAACUUCAGCACGGAGUGGUGUUAAUGUUGAAGAAGCAUUUCGCAUGGUAACACAAGAAGUUUACUCACGCAUUCGUUCGGGCGAAUACAAAGUCGAAGACGGCUGGGAUGGCAUUAAGACUGGUUUCGCACGACCCAGUAGUUUGGACUUUAAUUUGGUUGUGGCGGAGCCUGAAAAAUCUUCGUGUUGUUGAUAUGUUUCGUAGGGCUAAUUAUAAUAAAAUUAAAAUUUUAAACCAAGUUUUACUAUUAAAAAAGAAACAAAAAAAAGUAAUAACAAAAAAAGUUUAAAAACAAAAUAAAGUACUACGAGUAAUUAAUUUUUUAAUUGUUGAUAUCCCUAUUUUUGGGGGCUCUACCAUUUAAUGUAGUCCUUAAUUUUUAAUUGGAAUUAUGUAGUUUUGUUUGUGAUUGAAGUGUUUUGGACAUAAUUAACAUAAAACAGAUGUUUUUUUAGUUUUAGUUAAUUUAGAAUUUUUUAUUUUUUUGUUUUUUUUUUUUUCAGAUGAAAACCAGUGAAAAGGUUAAAUUUUAAAACAUUUAUUAUUUGUUUGUAGUUUUUUAUAGUUAAAAAAAUAACACAAAAUAAUUUAAUGAUAUUGAAAAUCAUUGAUUUUGUGUGCUCUUUACUAAUUUGUAAAUAUUCAUAACAGGAUAUAAAUUCAUUUACAGAAAUACACAAU